AUGGACCUCUUUGCAAAGGCGGUAAAAAAGGGAGUCGCCAAGGGCUAUGCGAUAGGGCAACAGCAGCUUCAGCAGCAUCUGGCCAAGCAGAGGGAGCCCGGCGCCGAGCCUAGCCAUGACAAUGCGAAUGGCUAUACCGCACAGCACGCCGUAGGCGGCACUACUUCAUAUUCGUCUUAUCCGCAGCAACAGCAGCAGCAGCAGCAGCAAUAUCCCACAUACAAUGGACCGCCACCACUACCUCCCCGACAAUAUCAGCCCCCUCAGCCGCAACCGAAUUCUGCCACGCACUCAUCCUCACAAAAGGCACCCGUCAGCUAUGACAUUCCGGCACCAGUUAGCUAUGAUCCAAGUACAUCCCGAACAGAGAGCUCGUACAGCUCAAUCAUGCCGCCGCCGCCUCCAUCAUACAUACCACCAGCUUCCACUCAACCUACACACUCACAAAACAUCUCAAAUCCCCCACCUGUCGGCUCGCAGCGUCUAGACGCAAGCACCCCGAACGAAUAUGAUUGGAGACAAGACGAGCGCCUGAAGCCGUUUUUGCAGCCCUUGCGUGAUAUCACAGCAGGCUUCCGAGCUGUUGCGGUGCCGCCCACCACAGAAGUCACGCAUGCGCGGCCGCAGCAGACAGAGGCCCGUCAAGACACGCAAGGCUACCUUGUGAGAACGAGUGACGGCGGCUUUCAACUUGUGCAACCGAAUCAGCAACCUGCAGAAACGCCCUCAUAUGCGGCUCCUCUCACCACGACCAACCAGGAGGCUCAGACACAACAACAGCAACCUUACACACGACCUGAUUACACAACCGCCAGCGGACCAGCAAUAGAGCCACGGGAGACUCAAGGGAUAAGAGAUGAAGCGAAAGAGCAGAGAAAACCUGACGUCUCGGCAUCGGUUGAGCAACAAAUGUCCAACCUCAAUCUAAGCGCCGCUCCAAGCGCGCCCGAGACAGCGCCCAAAAGCCACCAGAAAGCGAAGAAGCGCAUCGAUCUACCCCCUAUGGUAGAAGACGGCCCUGGACAGGAAGUAGUUCGCUCCUGUCCCAAAGACCGAUUAGUUGACUAUCCGCUCUACUGGCAUUACCUGGCCGAUCUACCAGACGCGCCCAUCUGCACGCGGUGCCACGCCGACUACAUCCAGUCCUCGCCGCUGGCCGCCAAGUUCACCAGGAAGCUCGCCGAGCCCGACACCGUCUCCUCCUGCCACUUCCGCUACCCGCGCGUGCAGCACGUCCUCUGGCCAGCCGCCCUGAAAGCACACAACCUCGCCGAGCUGACCGCCUUCCUGUCCAGCCGGCUCCUCAUCCCGAACUGCAAGGGCCGGGCGGCCACCACCGCGGCCGACGGCGUCAAGUACUACGGGAUGAAGGACAGCGACAUUGACGGGUUCAUCGCCUGCGAGGCCUGCUUCCAGGACCACGUCGCCGGCACCGCCUUCGAGCCGCGCCUGGUGCCGUACCCGCGCGAGCAGGGCAAGGACGACCGGUGGAUCUGCGACGUGAGCAUCCGGUACGUGCCCCGGGCGCUGGCGUACUAUUCGCCGCAAGGCGACUGGCGAGGCUUCGUGGACAAUGCCUCCCGCAGGUUCAAGCUGGCCGCGUGCGACGGCCAGGAAAAGGCGCGCGGCGACAGCGGCAACUGGUUCACCGCCAGGCAGAAGAUGGAAAACCUGCAGGUCUGCGAGCCGUGCUUCAUGGACAGGGUCGAGCUCGGCCCGUUCGCGGAUGACUUCGCGCAGAUGCCCGGGCCGGUCGACUUUGACGAGUACAUCGUGUUCCUGCGGCAGCGCUGGACGUGCUCGCUGGCCGACGGCACGGCGCUGCCGAUGGCCUCGGCGCUCGACGCCGCCGAGGAGAGGGACGACUUUGCCGAGUUCGCCCGCGCGGCGACGGCCAUUGCGAAGCUCGUCCCGUGCACCAAGCACGGCGUCAUCCGCGGAAACUGGUGGACCGUCACCGGCGGCGGCGCCGGGAGCGAGGCGUUUGACCUCUGCGAGGCCUGCUACGAGGGCGUCAUGAAGCCACGCGGGCUCGACGCGUUCCUGCGGCCGAAGGAGGCGCCCGGGCCGGAGGACACCAUCAUCUGCAACUUUUGCCCGUCGACACCCCGGUACGACGAGUAUGCGAAUAAGUUCGCGGAGACGCUGGACCGCGGCGUGUUUAAAAGCCUGGCCGAGCACGUCCGCACGUUCGCGGCGGUGCGGCACUGCCCGCGGCGCGACUCGCUGGCCAACGCCCGGUGGUGGGGGUACGGCGGCGAGGCCUUGUCCUGCGAGGAGUGCUACCUGCUCUUCGUGCGGCACACCUCUCUGGGCACUCACCUUCCCUUGCAAGGCGAGCGCGACGAGCGCGCGCAGAUCUGCUCCAUGUACUCCCCGCGGAUGCGUGGCCUGUGGCAAGCCCUCUGCGAGGCGGGCCUCCCAGGCAGCGCCGAGUCGGAGGCGGAGGUGGCCAAGUUUCGGGAGUUCGCGGCGCGGCGGCUGCAGGUGUGGCUGGCGACGGUGCCGCGGAUGCAGUUCAUGCGGGAGAUGAAGGACAUGAAGAUGAUGCAGGCGAUGCAGCAGGGGCAGCUGAGCCUGAUGUACCAGGGGAUGAACAGCACGGCGGUGCUGUCGGGGACGGACGACGGCAACUGGCACGGGAAUAGCAGCAUAGGGUGGUAUGAGACGGAGCACGGGGCGACGGGAGCGCAGAUGUUUAACAACAUGCAGACGGGCAUGGCGGACGCGACGAGGGGGGACGAGUGGAUGCAGAUAUUCCAGCUGGAGCUGCAGUGGCAGGAGGUGGAGUGA